GAUAUGGGUCCUCACAUCUUCCAGACUUGUCCCUCUGCAAACUAUUUUGACUGCAAAGCAAUGUCCAUUGGUGCUCGUUCACAGUCAGCACGAACUUACUUGGAGAGACACAUGACUGAGUUUACUGACUGUAAUCUAAAUGAGCUAGUUAAACAUGGACUGCGUGCCCUCAGAGAGACUCUUCCUGCUUAACAGGAUCUGACCACCAAGAACGUUUCCAUUGGAAUUGUUGGCAAAGACAUGGAGUUCACCAUCUAUGACGAUGAUGAUGUAGCACCAUUCCUAGAAGGUCUUGAGGAGAGACCACAGAGAAAGCUUGCUCCGCCUGCUGACGAACCUGCAGAAAAGGCAGAGGAGCCCAUGGAGCACUAG